GAUAUGAGGGUUGAGCUUCCUGGGUCAGAUGCUGCUGCUGCCUCCAUUGUGAGCCGGAGCCCGCGCUGAGCAGCUGCUGCUCUUCCUCAUGAAAGCUCUCUCUGUGCCCUAGUGACUGGCACCAGCCCCCAGGGCAGCCCUGGCCUCUGCCCACACCAGCUCCUGAGCCGGAGACUCCAGCCAACAAUGGGGCAUGAAUGAUGCUAAAGAGGUGGGUCAUUAGCCUGGCAAAGUGGAACCACUGAAGAUGUCCUUCAGGAUAUCCAGGAGGGACCUCAGCCAGAGCCCAGAGAGGAACCUAUCUUGCGAGAGCCAGUUUGGGCUUGAGGAACGGGAAGCAGAGCCUUUGGAGAAGAAACCUCCUAGACUUCUGCAGGGCAUCAAGAAGCGCAAGGACUUUGUGGUGCACCAGGGAACCCAGACAGAGGAGAGCCCUAACAUCUGCAUCGAAUGUGGAAAAAGCUUCACGCAGAACUCCAGCCUCAUCAACCACCGCAGGACCCACACCGACGAGAAACCCUACAAGUGUCCAGAGUGUGGCAAGUGCUUUGGCGUCAGCUCCAGCCUCAGCCGGCACCAGCGCAUUCACACGGGCGAGAAGCCCUACUCCUGUCCCGACUGCGGGAAGAGCUUCAGCGACAAAUCCAACCUAACGCAGCACCAGCGCAUCCAUACAGGAGAGAAGCCCUACAAGUGUAUUGACUGUGGGAAGAGCUUUAGUCGUAGUUCCCACAAGAAGAAGCACCUGCGCCAUCCUGUGGGGAAGAGGUUGGGCAAGUGUGCCUCACCACAACAUGAAGGCACGGUGCCCAAGCCCAAGCCCAGGAAGAAGGUGGAGGUGCUGAACACGUGUACAGAGUGCUGGCAGAGCUUCAGCCAGAACGCAGACCUCAUCAAACACAUGCGCAUCCACACAGGCGAGAAACCCUUCAAGUGCACUGACUGCGGGAAAAGCUUCAGUGUCAGCUCCAACCUUUUCAGGCACCAGCGCAUCCACACAGGCGAGAAGCCCUAUACCUGCUCUGACUGUGGGAAGAGCUUCACUGACAAGUCCACCCUGACCCAGCACCAGCGCAUCCACACAGGCGAGAAGCCCUACAUCUGCACCUUCUGUGGGAAAGGCUUCAGCCACAGCUCCCACCACAAGAGACAUGAGAAAAUCCACAAAGGAGAGCAUCCACUACUGACCUACGCCACUCAGGCAUACAACAUUCUCCAGACUGCGCAUUUGCCCAAGAUGUCUCCCAAAAAGUCCAAGGCCAACAUGGCCAAGAACCUAGAGAAGAAGAAGCCCACCAAAAACAAGCGCAAGUCAGAGAAGCCAAAGCGGAGUCCUCCGGAGGAGGAGACGAUUGUCUACCAGCCACCCCCCAAGGGCGACCGGCCCAACCUUUGCUCAGAGUGUGGCAAGAGCUUCCUGCACAGCUCGGACCUGGUGAACCACCAGCGCAUCCACACGGGGGACAAGCCCUUCAUCUGCACAGACUGCGGGAAGAGUUUUCGGCAGAGCUCCACCCUCAUCACUCACCAGCGCAUCCACACGGGUGAGACGCCCUACGAGUGCAGCUACUGCGGGAAGAGCUUCCGCGUCAGCUCCAACUUUGUGCGGCAUCAGCGCAUCCACACAGGCGAGAAGCCCUACAAGUGCCCCAUCUGUGGGAAGAGCUUCACCGACAAGUCCACCCUCACCCAGCACCAGCGCACCCACACAGGUGAGAAGCCCUACAAGUGUGCUGACUGUGGCAAGAGCUUCAGCCGCAGCUCCCACCACAAACGGCACCUGCGCAACCCACCCGCCAAGGGCCGGGGCAAGUGCAUGCACCGUGGCACAGAGGGAACCCCACCCAAGCCUAAGGAGAUCAAGGUGAAGAAGAAAACCCCCACCCUGGAGGUCCCCAACACAUGUGCAGAGUGCUGGCAGACCUUCACCCAGAACUCGGACCUGGUCAAGCACAUGCGCAUCCACACGGGUGAGAAGCCCUUCACAUGCACCCACUGUGGCAAGCGCUUCAGCGUCAGCUCCAACCUGACACGGCACCAGCGCAUCCACACAGGUGAGAAACCCUACAAGUGCCCCGACUGCGGGAAGUGCUUCACUGACAAGUCUACCCUUACGCAACAUCAGCGCAUCCACACUGGGGAGAAGCCCUACAUCUGCAUUUAUUGUGGGAAGAGCUUCAGCCGCAGUUCCCACCACAAAAGACACGAGAGGACCCACUCAGGAGAGAACAAUGACACCUUCCUGCCCCUGUGGCACUACCCCACUCCAACCUUUUGAAUCAUCCAUUCCCUGCAGCGAGGGAUCCCCAGGAGCUGGGGGCAGGGAACUGUGUGAUUGCUAAGGCAUGGGGCAGAGAGGAGCAAGCAGGAGGUAGCAGGGUGACCUAGGGGGAGUGCAGCUGGCUUCUGGGAGAAACACUUGUUGAGAAGACUGGGUAGAAGGAUAUGUGGUGGCUCAAGGAAUGUGGGUGCGCAUUUUAACCGGUGUACAUGCACAUGUGUGUUGUAUGGGUGCAUGCGCCUGUAUCAUUGAGUGUGUGUGCAGUUGUCUGCUUGUUACUUUGGGGUUUCCUACAGCUUGGCUCUCUUUCUCAUACACACCUUGCUCCUUACCUUAAGCCAGCACUGAUGGCAGCUGUAGAUUACAAUCACACCCUCUUCAAGGACCCUGUUUGUCAGAGCUCACUGUAACUGAGAAUCAGGGGCCUUCUGUCAUGCCACAUCUGCAGCACAGCAGGGGGCUACAUCACAAAAACAGCCCCAGCUGUGGCACCUUCACUGGGCCUUUCAUAGAGAGUGCUAGCUGGAAGGCUGAGUUGAACCUGGACCAUGGGCUGAGCUCCUUUCUCCUUAGAACUGAUUUCUCCAUGGCAGAAGGAGGGGAAGAAGGCAGCACUGCUCAGCGAUGUAUGUGUGAGAGCGUGUGUGUGUCUGCACAUGUUGUCUACAUUACUCCUGCUUCUGUAGGGCCGUGGAGCUGACUCCUUUCCCAGCACUGAGCUCUGUCUCUCUCAUACAUCAUUAUUUAGACUCGAAGCUAGCAGCCGAUGGGUUUUGAAAAGCAGGGGUUGUUGCUCUUGCUUCACUCUGUAAAUAACGUCUAUGCCCACUGACACACAUAGUUGUGAUCCCAGAUCUGGCCAUGAGAGUAAAGGGGGGAACCCUCACUCCUCCCCUGCGCAUGCAUGGCGUGGGGACAGAACUGAAAAUAUUGAAACCAAAAAUAAAAGUAACCCAUGAGCUCCAGUUUGUCUCAGAGCUGGAUCUCCCGCUAGUGAGGGGCUGGAAUUGGAGGUUGGGAGGAGACAGGUGCUGUGGAUUGAGUUAGAUUACCCCCAGUCUCUCCCACCCACUCAUCACCAUUGCCCCUUCACCUGUCACCACACCCAACUCAUUCACAAUGGUCCCUGCCCAUUUGGGUCUAGAAGGAGUAGCUGUGAGCCACCUUGUCUUUGCUUCCGUGGCUCCAGCUGGCCAUGGCUUCAUCUGGAGCUUGUUCUUCUCCCUGCCCCAUGGGAUUGAAUCAAGUCUGGGGGAUUCCCAGACACACCAGCAGAAUGCAAGAGCCUUGGCUGCGGGUGAGCCCUGGAGGUCACUCAGAGCCAGGGGGGCUGAAUGCAUGGACAUCCCAGCUGGACAGCAGCCUGUCUCCUUCCUGGCAGCCUCUCCAGCCUGGAAGGCAGAAGCCCAGUGACAGCUGUGGCAAAGACAAACCAUGCAAAGAGCAGACUUAGAGGCCUUGAACUAGCCUGGCCAGACUUCAGCCCUGGUCUUUGACAGGGCACUUUUUAGCUUCUUCAUGUAAGAAACCCAUGGUGAUCCCAGAAGAGUGGGGCCAGCUGUGGGCUCCUUUUGCUGCUCUCUCUAGGCCUUUCCUGAAUGUCUCCCUUCACUCACCCAGGCAAAGAGCAGCUAUAGAUGAACACCUCUGGGCUGUGUUCCAGUGAGAUCCACCGAGCUGAAGAACCUGGGACACUGCCAGUGUGAGGAAGGUGGCGCUGCAGGGAAUGUCGACGGUGGCUCCGUGCUGGCUCUGUGCUGACCCCAGUGCACCUAUGGGCACUGCAAAUCUGGAGGUUCUCAGUGGGGUGGAGCAGUAACCUCAUGUGAGCAGCACUUUGUGGAAGGACUGAAGCAACUGCCUUCUGCCUCUGAAGAGUACCUGCAGCAGGGCUAGCCAACCAGAAUGGGAUUCUCCUUCGUGUCCUGUCCCAAACUCCUGUGCACCACUGCUGUAUGCAGUGGGACUGUGGUCCACUCCAGCCAUAACUGCAGGCCAGCACUGCUGGGUGGAAGAUGAUGUUAAACAAGCCUGGCUGUGGAUACCAUUUAUUUCACAGAGUUCACUGGAUUUCUUUUUUCUGUUAGCAAAUUUCCUGCAAGCCAGUGUUCGUUGAUAAGAAAAUGUCUGUUAUUUGAAAUCAUUUGAGUAGUUUUUCUGAACAGACUUGAAAUAGGGAUUGUUCACAAAAUGUAGCAAGUAUUUUGUCAACUAUUCAGUAUUUGUGAUUUGCUGUUUGACCUGUGCUAUCUGUCCAUCUGUCUGCCGUCCUACCCACCUAUCUGUCCAUUCAUCCCAAAACACCUCUUUUUGUUAGUGUGUAUGUCUAUUCCCGUAUGGUCCCCUUCUCUUCUGUGUGUCUAUUCCUGGAUGUAUCUUUCUGUCCAUCCAUCCAUCCAUCCAUCCAUCCAUCCAUAUCUAUCUAUCUAUCUAUCUAUCUAUCUAUCUAUCUAUCUAUCUAUCUAUCUAUCUAUCUAUCUAUCUAUCUAUCUAUCUAUUAUGGGCUUCAUCACCUUAGUAUGUCAGCAGCUACAUAGUAUUAUGACAAGAACUGUUAUAUGGUUUAGAUUCUGUUGCCUGAUUGGAGGAUCUAACCUUUAAAAACUCUUCCCCUCCCCAAUUAUUUUUUUUGUUGCAACACACAUUUUGUUCCUUGUUAAUCAAAUGGUCACUGAACACCCACAUGAACAAAACGUUGUACAAAUGGUCACAAAGAACAACAGGACAUGAACAAACCAGUCUCUGAAACCCUGGUUUUCAUCUUGCCAAAUUGCUUACCUAUGGGCUUUUAUGUUAUUCAGUCUGCUUUUCUGUCCACUUUCAAAAGCUUGUUACUAUUAUAAGACAAAGUAAAAUAUAUUAAAAAAUGGUUGAAACCACUGGGGUAGCAGCUAAUGAAACUCAGACUGUUUUGAAAUAAAAUACCAGGUCUUAUCACCUUGCUGGGGGCUUCAAGAGCUAUGGAACUGAAGACUUCAGAACAGGAACUGGCAGACUGAACCAGAUACAUGGCCCUCAUACCCCAGGGCCCCAUCUCUGACAGCGGCAAGUGCUAGGUGCUUAACAGCAAAGCGCCAAAAACCCUUUCAUAACGAUGAUGAGGUAACCUGCCCAUAGGAAAAGUUCCUUCUGGGACACCACAGAAAUCACAGAACUUUUUUUGCAGGAGCAUCUCAUCUCCAUGGGCUUCUCUGGCCCUUUCUCCUGGUAAGCUGGAUAAUGAAACUGCUUUACUGUGAAAGAAAAAGGUGAAGGUUUUGCUAAAAUUGGAUUCUUCUGGCAAAGAAAGAGAGUAUAACACGUGCUAUUGCAUUGUGAUAUAAAAGCUGGGAAUUGCCAAGAGGCAUCUAACUCCCUUAAGAAUCUAAAAACCAGCUCCUAAAUAGAAACAUGAUGUCAGUAGAUCUCAAAGAGCACAGAAUCAAGAUCCACAGUUUAGAAAGGGAAAGCGUGACUUGCCCCAUGUUACCCAGCAGGCCAAGGUGUCCUUUUUCCAAAAAAAAAAAAAAAAAGAGAAGCAAAUACUGCCAUAGUUUUUUUUUGGUUCUCUUUUCACCUCUGCUUUGCUCAUUAUAGAACCAUAGAAAAGUAGGACUGGAAGUGAUUUCAGGAGGUCAUCAAGUCUAACCCUGUACUCAAAGCAGAAUCAUCUCUAAAGCAUCCUAAAUAAGUGGUUGUCUAACUUAUUCUUAAAAACCCUGUGAACAACCCUCAUAAACAAGGGUUAGAGUGUUCUGUCCAUGAUGGUCCAGGAAAUACAUGAAAAGCACGUUUUUUUUAGUGAUACCUUUCAUUGGACUAACUGUAUUAGGCAGAUGGUCCAACAAAUGAUAUCAUCAAAACCCUCUUGCUAUUCAUCAGGAGCAGGUUUGCAGCUGGUCUGGACAGGAACUGCUAUUAAGUAUAUGUUUAUAUAGCAUGUGCCUCCACACUUGAUCUGGCUAAUGUCUCUGUGCAUGUCCACAGGGCAAAUAUUAGCAAGAAUCCCAGAGAAAUGUCCUUUCUAUUACCAAGUAACCUCACAUAUUCUGAAUAUGCCAUGUUCUCGGGGAGGGGGGGAAGUUUAAGAUUAUUCUAAUUACUACUUUUUUAAAAGAGAAAAUUGUCGCCAGCACAAAUUACUUUCUAACACAACUAGGCAACAAAUUUAAAACAGUGAAGGAAUAAAGUAGCGCAGAGAGUCUUGGUUAGGACUCCCAACCAGCGAGAAAUUGUGAUAAAAGAUAUACUCUUGUUUUAAUCAUUUAACCUAUUUGUUCAGGUUGUUCAGAGGAAACAGUUUCCCUCUUCCUGUUAAUAUUUCAGGGCAACUCUUCAUUUUCAUCAAUUCUAUUUGCUCUUGCUAAGGGACAUUGAUUGGCAAAAGCCACAGGAAUCCUACAUACAUUUCCAUUGUCAUAAAGAAGGUCAUUUCCUUAAAACUACAGUAUUAGGAACUGGAGGAAGGUUUGCAGCACUUUUCUAAUUUCAGGCCAGGAGUGUUUCACUCUGAGGCAAUUCAAGAAGAAUUGGAGAUACUGCACCCAAAUCCCUUGUCAUCCCUUCACCUUAUGACUGUGAAUUUUCUCUCUGCUUCGUUUUGGAAGGAUGAGGUGUGAAAAUCUCAAUCCGAGUUUUCCUACUGGUAUUCUCUCCAAGAGGAGAAGUUUGUGAUUCUCUCAGUAGCCGACAUUAUCUCUUUUGGCUCUGUUUGUUUUUCCAAUCUGACCUCAUAUUUUUAGAUCCCUGUAGUUCUAAAGGAACAAGUUUGAACAAGUUCAAGCAAUUUGGCUUCAUUUUCUUUUAACUAGAUACUUGGAUAUCUUGUGAUUUCCUUAUGCAGCUUUUCCCACUGGGUAUUCCACUGGCGAAUUUGCCCUCUCCCCAGGUUUUUUAAUUUUGUAAAUAAUAAAUUAUAUAUAAAAUACCUGGUUUGGGACUUUUAGAGCUCUCUUUUAAAAAAAAAAAAGAUUUUUUAAAGCAAGUGUAUCAUUGUUAUUUUUAAUAUUUGUCAUAUGCCUUAGUACCAUGUGCAGGACUCUCCAGGAAAAGAAAGUUAUGACCAAUGCAUCUUGCUUCCUAGAAUGACCAAAAACAGGUUGGCUGCACAUAAUGAUGUGAUGAUUUGAAGGUCUGAUGACCUGGGGUAGUGUAGAUCAAUAUCUUAAGGCUGAAGCAUUCUGGGGCAGGCGUCAUCCUUUUAUCCUGUAUUUGAGCACUGCCUAGUACUAUCGGCUCCUGGUUCCUGACCAGAGCUUGACUGUUCAUAAAUGAAACAUUCCAGGGCUAGACCCAUUUGAAAUGGCUAUUUCCAAUAUAACGCUUGAAUUCUAGCCACAAAUGAUCAUCGUUAAUAUUAACUAAAUCCACAGGAAACAGAUCCCUUCCCCAGACUGAGGGUUGCCUGUUCAUAGUCAUUUUGGGAGAAAUUUUAAAUAUCUGGAGGAAAGAUGGGCAGGGGGUCGGACUCAAUGAUCUAAUAGGUCUCUUCUGACCCUAAAAAAACAAAUGAAGAAGGGGAGGUUUCUUCUGGCAGGUGGAGGAGGCUGCUCAGGGGAGUUAGAAGAAAGCGUGGGCACUCUGGAUUGUUAGGAAAAGGGUGAGCAGCUAUGGGACAUCAUCAGUCCAAUGCAGCAUGUGGGUAUCUAUCUACCACAUUUACUAAAACUAUCACCACUCACCUCCCAAAAUGUUCUUUCCUACCCUAUUGUCAGCUUAGAAAUAUCAGAGUGUACAUGACUAGAUCUAUUAUUUCAUGGCUCACGUUGUGUAUAAUUUCUCGUAAUGCCCAUCUUUCCUUUCCUUGUCUCCUUCCUUCAUCUAGCUUCAUGUCCUAGGUUUGGUUCAAAUAGGCCUUGAUCCUUUAUCAUGAAUAUCACGGGACAUUGUGAUCAAACAUGGAAUCAAGCCCCUAGAUUGUAAGCUCUUUGGGGCAGGAAAAUUACCUUGUUUUUAACCUCUGUAAAACAGCAUAUAACGUUAUGGCAGCAUCUAAAUGUUUAUUAUUAAUAAUGAUGGUUAAUAAUUGUGAAGUCUGGUUACACCUACUGUAAUUAAGGUUGUAAUACAUUUUCCAUAAUACCUUCUGCAACAUGAAUAAGUUCCAGUAUUUUCCAAGCUUUACAUCUGCCCGAAGUUAAUUUUCCCUUUUAAGGUUUCAGCUUGAUUUACUCAUUUGCUAUGGAGUUAUGCAAGGGUGAAAAAAUGUAUGUUUCCCUCUAGUAAAAAAACCCAACCCACCAGUGACUUCUUUUUGUAGUUUGAGAUAACUAAAAAAUAAAAUAAAACAACAAAGAGAGGAAGACACCAGCUAAACUGUGAAUUCGAGCAGCUCCAAAAAAUGUUUAAGUUGCUGUCAUUUUGCAGUUUUCUACAUGAAGUCUUUUUCAUUUUACUAGAAUUUUUCACAAAAUGUUUGAAACAAGCUUUUCGAUAAGAAUCUCAUGAAAACGGUUCUAGCACUUGUGUAAUUUACCAAAAACGGGGUUUUCAUUAAAAAUAUAACUCUUUUGAUAGUAAUUUCCAUAGUGUUUCCUGUGAAAUGUCAAUAAAAUGGUUACAACACGUUUUUCAGAAAA